AUUGCAUGUGCCAUCACGUCACAAUAACGCUUGAAAAAAAAAACUUGUCACAUAUGCCAUUAUGAAAGACAUAUUUAGUGAGCACAUAGCUUUUUCAUGCAAAUUUAUACAUAGUAAGGCCAGCGAGUGUAUCGGGUCAUCGAAUAUAUUUAAGUUAAGCUGUCCUUAUGUCAAACACUAUGAUAUCCAGAGGAAGCAGAGGAGUUUGUGCUAUCCUACAGGAGGUCUCGUGUGCUUUUAAAAGGAAUUACGCCAAAAUGGAAGUCGCUCCGUUACAAAAAGCACUUCUUCAAGAACUGUGUAUUCUUGUUGACGAACAGGACAAACCAGUUGGAGAGGCUACAAAAGAAUAUAGCCACAGAGUUGCGCAAGAUGGUAGCAUACCUCUUCAUAGAGCAUUCAGUGUUUUCCUUUUUAACAAUAAUGGUGACCUACUAGUUCAGAAACGUUCUCCAACAAAAAUUACAUUUCCUGAAAUGUACACUAAUACAUGCUGCAGUCAUCCUUCUGCAAAAAAUCCUGGUGAAGCAGAAGAAGAUAAUGCUUUGGGUAUUAAAAAAGCUGCACGUCGACGGCUUGCUGAUGAACUGGGAAUCCCUGUAAGCGAAGUUCAGCCAACAGAUUUCAAUUAUUUAACAAGGAUCCACUAUUAUGCUUCAUCUGAUGGAUAUUGGGGUGAACAUGAAAUAGAUUACAUUCUGUUUCUACAGAAAGAUAAAGUAUCUCUAGAUCCUAAUCCAGAUGAAGUCAGUGAAAUACGUUGGGUGCCAAGAGAUCAAAUUGAAAAAUUUGUAAAAGAAAUUAAUGCACCCCUAACACCAUGGUUCAAACUAAUUUUGAAUAAUAAAUUAUUAUAUUGGUGGGACAACUUGAAAGAUUUAGACAAAUUGCAAGACCAUUCAACUAUUCAUCGUUUUUAACUUGUAUUUAGGAAAUGAACGCGAAUUGUGAUUAUAUGAUUAAAUCAAAUGUAUUUUUAUUUUAUAUUAUAAAUUUUGGGUUCUGGAAUUAUUAAAUAUAUAUAUUUUCAUGUAUAACAAGACAACCAAUUUAACUAUUAUUUGAUUUUAAUUUCAAUUUUUCAAUCAUUCCGUCACUUUUUUUGCUUUUAUUAUCGUUUUACCCUUGAAGUAAAGUAACAAAGAAUAUUGGUCUGCAUAAGUCAAUACCCAAAUUGAUGCUACAUUUAUCAAUUAUUAAAAAUAAAAUUGAUUUUCAUUAUAUAGGUGGAUUGAUAACGCAUUUAGCAGAUGGGAAUUAAAAUAUAUGUAGAAUGUAGAAUGAGACAAUGAAAAACUACAUAAAUAUUCAAAAAUUAA